AUGGCCUCAAUUUUCGCCUGGGGGCAGUGGCUCUCGCGCGACGAGUUCGUGGACCUGCGAAACCGGCAAGACGAUCAGCUCAACAUGGUGUUCGCGGGUUUUCGUGAAUCCGUGCAGUUCCUCCGGGAAGAGGUGUAUGGUAACAUGCAGGAGAUCAUGUACGGUAACAUGCAGGAGAUCAAGAACACCGUCCACGACCUCAGAGCCGACAUCAACAAAACCAAUACCGACCUCACCCAACUCAAGACCGAUGUCUGCGAACUUCGAGCCGAAGUUGGCCAGACCCAAGCAUUCAUGCGAAACAGCGCGUUGAGGAACCCAAACGCCCCCAUCCGUCCUCCUCCCGUAUACCGUCCUGGCCAAGGCGUGGUCUUUCCCAACCGCAAGUUGUUUCCACGGAAUGCGAAUCAGUUUUAUCAGCUCAGGGAUCCACUAACACCCCAACGUCGAGAAAUGCUGGCAUACCUCGUGGAGUUUUACGAUUUACGGAAUGCCGACUACUGCGAGGAACCAGCCGGCAACGAUGACCAGAACGAGAACGACACGGAGGAUCCCGACGAAAUCUUCCUCAGACUGGAGACAUUGCUGGGGUUGAACGAGGAAAAGUUCAUCAAAUUCAGACAAAAAGCCGCGGAGAUGGCCUCGCGACAACCCGAGAGACCUGCGAAACGCGCGCAGGCCGCACAUGUCAACGCCGAACCGCUCGCGCGCCGACCCAAGCUGACAUUAGAUGAGUUGAUGGAACGGCAGCCACCUCCUGCUGCUCGGAGCCGAUUGGAUAUGGGUCGAUUCGAGUGGAGGACGCGCUCAACUCCGCCUUCACAACGACUAACCAUCAAUCAGCUGAACCAGCGCCUUCCGAAGCAAGUAACGCCGGAACGCGAACAAGAAUAUUCCAAGGACGGUACAGACAGCGAUGAUGCGACACGGCCUUUUACAAGCCCGCGGGAGCCGUGA